GGUCUCUGAUCCCCUGCUUCGCUAUCUCUCACUCUCACAGAGAGAGAGAGAGAGAGAGAGAGAUCGGUUUAGGGUUUUUCGAUCACUCUUCUUCUCAAUUGCAAUCUAUUGGAGUAAAGGGCAUUACAAUAGGCACAUCUCCGGCCACCGAUUUAGUUAAUUCUUAGAAGAAAAGGGAUGUUGUUCGAAUCUUUGAACUUGCAGGAGCUGCAAUUAAAUGUUAAUUGGGAAGACGUGGUUUGUCCCGUAUGUUUGGAGUUCCCACACAAUGCUGUCUUACUCCAUUGCUCAUCAUACGACAAAGGUUGCCGUCCUUUUAUGUGUGACACUGACCAUUCUCACUCUAACUGCCUUGAUCGGUUUAAAACCACACAUGGACUGCCUACAGCUUUCGAGCCAUCUUCGUCCCCAAGUGAUUCACUUGAGGAGAUAGUUCAGCUGAAUCCAACAACUGUCGGCAGCUUUCCGAUCUGUCCGCUCUGUAGAGGAGAGGUGAAAGGAUGGGUUGUGGUUAAUGAAGCUCGCGUGUACUUGAACAUGAAGGAAAGAUGCUGCCAAGAGAAAGAGUGCUCAUUCGUCGGUAACUACAUGGAAUUGCAAGUGCACACCAAGCAAAACCAUCCGAAUGCACGUCCAUCAGAGAUCGACCCUGCAAGAAAACUUGAAUGGGAAAAUUUCCAGCAAUCAACCGAGUUAAUAGAUGUCCUAAGCACCAUACAUUCCGAGGUUCCUCAUGGUUUGGUGUUGGGUGAUUAUGUAGUGGAGUAUCUGAAUGAUUCCGGUGACGACUACGAUGACUUUGGCGAUGACGGCAACUGGUGGACCUCCUGCAUUUUCUAUCACAUGUUUGAAAAUUUCCGGGUUUGCGGUAACCGGCAGAGAAGAUCAAGAACUAGUGACAACAGGAAUCAUCACAUACAAAGAUCAAGGUAUGAUGCUUCAAUCACAGAUGAAGGCUCUACAUCAUCAGUUGAGGUUGUUGAGAGUAGGUUUGAUGAAAUCGAUGGUGACGAGGAGGUUGUAGUAGGGAGCAGUGGCGGCAGUGCGGUCUCUGGAGGAAGCGCCAACCACCGCAGUUAUCGGAGGCGGAGAUCUCAGAUGUAGGACCAGAAGCAGCAACUAGAGCUUUGGGAGACUUUUUGAGCUUCAUUUUGUGCACCCAUAAUACAACUGCUUCUCCAUGAUAAUAAAUUGGGCAAAGCAUGCCUUCUCUACUCUGUUGUUAUUCUGUCUUAUAUUCAUAUAAUGUUCACAAAUGCAAUUCUUAAAUUGGAAAUGCUAACUAAGGUAAUUGGCAAGAGUUA